CUUCUCCACCAUAAAUAACAUGCAUAUUCUUCACCAUUGAAAAAAAAGAAAGAAAAAUAAUUAAAAUAAAAAAAUAGAUAUAUUUUUCUGGUAUUUUUUGAAUACUAUACGAAUUUCGUCGGUAUAUCCUCUGUAAUUCUAUCGUAUUCUUCAAUUCCAGCGAUAGAGGCGACGAGAUGAGGCGGCGGAUUGUGCUUUCUCUAGCAAUCAUGCUCAUUUGGGAUUGGGGGUCUCUUGUUUCCAGCCAUCACGACUACAAAGAUGCCCUUGCCAAGGCCAUAGUUUUCUUCGAGGCCCAGCGAUCGGGGAGGCUUCCAUCUGAUCAAUCAAUCAAAUGGCGUUUGGAUUCCGGCCUCUCCGAUGGCUCCACAGUUAAUGUGGAUUUGAGUGGAGGAUACUAUGAUGCUGGAGACAAUGUGAAAUUUGGUCUACCCAUGGCUUUCACCACCACCAUGCUCUCAUGGAGUGUUCUCGAGUUCGGUAGGCGCAUGGGCAACGAGCUCGAUCAAGCUCACAAAGCGAUCCGGUGGGGCACCGACUAUCUCCUGAAGGCCACUAGUGCCCUUCCUAAUGCCCUCUAUGUCCAAGUUGGUGACCCGGUGGCUGACCACCAGUGUUGGCAAAGGGCAGAGGACACAGACACACCUCGCACCGUUUACAACGUCUCCCCUGCAAAUCCUGGCUCAGAUGUUGCAGGGGAAACUGCAGCAGCUCUUGCCGCGGCAUCGAAGGUGUUCAAAAAAGUUGAUCCUGAUUACUCUAAAACACUUUUGGAUGCCGCUGGAAAGGCCUUCGACUUUGCAGAUAGGUAUAGAGGGGCGUAUAGUGACCAUUUGUCGGAGGCGGUUUGCCCGUUUUAUUGCUCUUACUCUGGUUACUUGGAUGAGCUAUUAUGGGGUGCAGCUUGGAUGUUCAAAGCCACCCACAAUUCUUCCUAUCUUGAUUAUGCACAGGCACUUGGAGCCAACGCUCCAUGCGAUACUUUCAGUUGGGACAAUAAGCUGGCUGGAGCUAGGGUCCUCCUUUCCAAGGGUUCGCAUGUCAAAAAUGACGAGCCGCUUGCCGAAUUCCGAUCACAGGCAGAGAACUUCAUGUGCAGCGUUUUGCCUGGUUCUCCAAUGCUCAAGAUAGAAUACACACCAGGGGGACUCCUACACAAGAUGAAUGCGAGCAACAUGCAGUAUGUGACAUCCACCACUUUCUUACUCUCAACUUAUGCCAAGUACAUGAAGCAUUUGGAUAGAACAUUCACUUGUGGUUCUCUAGUGGUCACACCAGCCCUCCUCAGAGAGGUAGCCAAGAGUCAGGUUGAUUACGUACUAGGAGAUAAUCCACGAGGGAUGUCAUACAUGGUUGGUUAUGGGGACAAAUUUCCUCAACACAUACAUCACAGGGGCUCUUCUCUACCGAGCAUCACCAUUAACACUCAAAGAAUUGGAUGUGAUGCUGGUUUCCAAUCCCUUAAGGACUCAAACCCUAACCCUAAUUUGCUCCUUGGUGCGAUUGUGGGUGGGCCCGACAAAUUCGAUUCCUUCACUGAUGAUCGGAACAAUUAUGCCCAAACAGAACCCACCACGUACAUCAAUGCCCCGUUGGUGGGGCCCCUUGCUUACUUGGCUUCUAGCUUCAACUGAUGAGAUAGGAUAUGAAACUACUUUGGAUCACUAUAACAUGGAGUUUUAUUAAACAUGAAUAAGAACACAAUGUCCUGAAAUUUGGGAUC